ACCAUUGAAAAAUUUAAAAAUCCAAAAUACGAUAAAUUUUAUUUGGGCAAAUACUUCUCGGACUAUUUAAGCAGUAAAGAAAAAUUUAAUAACAUAACUGAAGAUCCUGUAUUUAUUGGAAAUUUUAAAGAUUUGAAUCUUAGGUACAUUAUUUUUACUAAUGCUGUUCUAGACGAUCGGUUUAAUGAAAACAAAAAAAUUGAUGUCGCACAUAGUAUUUUUUCUACAAAUUCCAAAGGAUUCCAAUUUAACCUAUUUAAAAAUCAUGACAUAGUUACAAUGCUUGAAAGUAUUUCUUGUCAAGAAAGUAUUAAGUUGUUAGCAAAAGCUCUCGUUAGUUGUAUAUGUGGUAAACUUAAUUAUAAUAAUAUGAUGCGAAUGGAAUUAUUUAAAACCUAUCAUGUCUUUUUGUCCAAAAACAUUAUUGACAUUAAUAAGGAUAUUAAACAAGAUGGGAAAGGAAAUAAUUAUCGUGAAGGUAAAAUCAAUCCGAAUUUUAUGAAUGAUGAUAUGGAAGAUUUUUUCCAAAAAGUACUUAAAGAAGAAAUUAUUUAUGAGUAUGCCAAUAACGUUAUUUUUGACAAUAAACCCAGUUCAGGCUUAGAUGAUGUGAAUAAUAGGGCUAUUUUAGUUAAUAAAGUAAUUAAGUCGUUAGAUUCCUUAGAAAAAGUGGGUGAAGACAUUAUUGAAGAAUUAGGUGGAAAUGUUCUUUUGUUAGAAACAAAAACUAAACAAUUGAAGUUUGCUGAUCCAGAUAUGAUAGAGGAUGAAAGCGCUAAAUUGUUUAUAGAAGAAUUGAAAAGUAAAGUAAGCAACUUAACUGACUAUACUCUUAGUUUGCCAUGUAAACUUGUGAAGAAAAAAAUUGUAAAUCAAACAGAAAAAGAACCUGUAAUGCUACCUGUUGGUUUUGGUAACAUAAAUCCUACUUUGAAAGGGCCGCAACAAUUAAGUAGUAAAAUUUUAAAUUUAUUUGAGAAAUAUAAAUCCAAAAAAGUUAUCGAGAUUGAUAAUAGUUUCGUUGGUCGUGGGAAAGACCUCAGUAAAGAAGAUAUUAAAAAUAUAGGAAAGCUUGUUGGUAAUGUGCUCGUAUAUGAUAAGAAUAAAAACAUGCUAAGAUUAAUAAAUGAAGGAAGUACUGAAGGACACACUCUGGAGUUCAUCAGAAACUUAAUAGACUCUUCUCAAUUAAGGAAUUUAGAUAUUUAUAGUUAUAGAUUUGACAUUAAGAUUGAUAAUUUCCCAAAAGAGACAUUAGUUAUUGAUAAUAAUGAUAGAAACAAUGUUAAAGAGUUCAUAAGUAAGUUAGAAGUUUUUACGGGACAAGCUAACGGACAGGAAUUAAUUGAGAUCAUUAAGGACGAAUUUAGGACUUUUUAUAAACUAACUAAAGAAGAAGCUGCAGAGAGUUACGGUAGGAUAAAGAAUAAAGCAAUAGAAUAUUGGAGAAACGGUGAUUAUUAUUUAGAAAAAGAUGAUGAUUUUUUUAAAAAUGUUGUUAAAUUUAACAUAGAAUUUGAUUUAAGAAAUCCUGUAGAUUUAUUUUCCGGCAGAGAAAAAGAAAUUAGUGAUUUACAUAAUAAAAUACAAAGUAGUUCAAAAAAAGUAAUGUCACAAAUAAUUUCUAUCAGUGGAUUGGGUGGGAUAGGUAAGAGCGAAUUGGCUAGAAAGUACGCUUAUGCCUAUAGAAAUGAAUAUCAUGGCAAUGUUAUAUGGAUUAAUGCUGAAUGUUAUCAAACUCUUACUGAAUCUUUUCUUAGGUUAGCUCAGGAUAAGUUAGGAAUCAAUGUGAAAGGUAUAAAAGAAAAUCGAAAAGAUAUAAAAUCAAUUGUUAGAGAUAUAUACGAAUUUUUCUCAGAGAGAAAGAGUCUUUUUAUUUUUGAUGAUGCUGAAAAGCGUAGAGCUCAAGAUGGUGAUGAAGGUAUAGAUAUUUUUUUACCGUCAUUGCCUCCCAAUACCAAUAAACCCUAUAUCAUUAUCACAUCCCGUAAUCAGAAAUGGGGAAAUAUAGAAGUUUUAAAAUUGGGUACAUUUACUGAAAAAGAAGCUAUGGACUUUAUUAAAAAGGCGCUUAAUAUAGAAAAUGAUUUACAAAACAAUGAAAUUCAAAUGUUAGCAGAAAAAUUAGAGUGGUUUCCUUUAGCUCUCACACAGGCAAUUUCAUAUAUAAAACAAGUAGAUGAAGAAAUAAAAAAUGUAGAGCCAAAUAGAGAAUUUAAAAUUUUCGAUUAUCUAAAAGAGUAUAAAGGAAAAACAAAAGAAUUACUUAACUUUCCUUUCCCAGAUGAUAGUAAUGAUGAGUAUAGCAGAACGACGUUUACAACUUUCCAAGUUACCAUCGAUAAGAUAAAGAAGAAGGAAUUUGGGGGAAAAGCUUUAGAAAUACUAGAUAUCACAGCAUACUGUGCACCACAUGACAUUCCUACUAUAAUAUUUUUAAAACUAGUGGAAGAUGAUGAAAGAAAAUUAGGGGCUGCUGUACAAUUAUUAAAGCAAUAUUCAUUGGUAAAUUUAGAAAGAGGUUUAUUAAGUGUACAUAGAUUAGUACAAGAAGUUAUAAGACUAAAUCUUAUGGAUAAAGAGAGAGAAGAAGAAACAUUAAGAAAAGCUCUUCUUUUAAUAGGCAAUCAAAAUUCAUCGGAAAGAAGUACAAGGCUGCCUCAGUGCAUUUUUUACGCUUGCACAAAAGAUGGAAAAUUAAGCAACUGUGAAGAGCAAGCUACAUAUAUUUGGAAUUAUGCCAGCAAAUAUAGACAAUUAAUUAAAGAUUUUUAUUGUACAUAUGGAGAAAAAGAAAAUACACCAAUAAAUUUAUUUGCCAUAAACGGUAAAAAAGAAGCUAUAGAGUCAACAUUGAAAAAUAUAGAAAAAGACGAAUUAAUUAAUAAAUUACAUGAGUAUAAUGCAAUUGGUUAUGCUCCAAUACAUUCAGCCGCUUUAAAUGGUCACAAGGAAAUAGUGAAAUACCUGAUAGAGGAACAACGCGUUGAUGUGAAUUUUACCACUCGUUCAGAAAACACGCCGGCAUUGAUUGCUGUCUUAGGUGGUCAGUUAGAUGUUUUACAAUAUUUAGUAAGCAAAAGAGCGGUUGAUAUCAACAAAGGAGGGAAAUAUGGUACAUUUCCUAUUCUGUAUGCUGCUCUAUAUGCUAGAAGAGAUUUAUUAGAAUGUCUACUAAACAACAAAGCUGACAUCCUUGUGAAGGAUAAGCUAACAGGUAAUAACAUUCUUCAUAAUGCACUUCUUCAUAUCAAUAAAUGUGGGAAUCAUAUAUCGGAUAUUGAAGAGAUUGUAAAGUAUUGUUUGGAAAAAAAUAAAGGUCUUGUUAAAGAUGUUAACAUUUCUGGAAUGACACCAUUACAUUUUGCUGCAGAGUUUGGUACUGCUACUAUUGUCAAAAUGCUUCUCGAUUACGGUGCUGAAGUUAAUGUUAAGUCUCAUUGUGCUGAUCCUCAACGUGUUGACGUUGAAGGAACAAAACCAAAGUUCGAACAAAUAAGGCAUGCUGAUGGUUAUGAUAAAGGUUACACUCCUUUGCACAUCGCUGCAAAGAGAAAUCACUUGGAAAUUGUGCGACUUUUGCUAAUGCGUCGUGCAAUAUAUAGCGCCCUUAAUGACAAAAGGAAUACUCCUCAUGAUAUGGCAGAAAUAGGAUCUGAUGUUGAAAUCUUACUAAGAUCUAUAAAUCAAUCAUUUCAAGCCGUCCUGAAUGGUAAAAAGGAUGAGCUUGAUAAUUUACUACAGGGAAAAAGUUCCGAUGAACUAAAAUCAUUCCUCUAUACUUGUAAUCGUAAUCAAAGGACGCUCUUACAAGUUGCUAUCGAUAAUAAGCAAAAAGAUAUUCAAAAAGUGCUCACAGAAAAAUUAAAGCUUGUGUAAGUACACCUAGGUUUACCAGGGGUACAAAAAGUUAACCGUUAAUUACCUAGGUGAACUACCUACUUUGGUGUUCCACGGGUCAGGAAGGUUUUAAUGUACGUUCAAUACUAAGGAGCCACGUGUAUGAUACGGUUACAUCUUUUUCAUGACUUUAUUAGGCAUUAGAAUACGCAAGCGGUUCCGCACGCGUAAAACAAAAAUUCCUGUAAAUUUCCGAUAUUGCGGAUAACCUUCUUUAAGUUAUAUGCGAAACUAUAAGAAAACUACGUGCCAAGGUACAAAAUAUAUAUAAAAGGAAACUGAUUGAUUGAUUUGACACACUUUACGCACAUAUCAAACUGCUAGGUCUAGACUUAUAACGAUUUGGAAUUUAGCAGAAUUUAACACGGGUAGAGCUACGAC